AUGUCGAGCUAUCGACUUGUCGCGCUCGUGUUCUAUGCCUCAGGUUCGCUGGCCCAACUAUUGCCACGGGCCCCAUGUGUUCAAGAUGCCUGCCGUGAUGCGGUGGACACAUUUGUAACGCCCGGUCCAUCGCCGUUUUGUACACAGUAUGCUCUUGGACAUACUGUCCCCCCGUCUCAAGUGCAGAAUGCAUGCAGCAUCUAUUCGACAAAGAUUCCUAGUGUCUGCUCUUGUAUUACCAAUGCGCCAGUGACUACAACGAGUUCUUCAGGUACCACUAGCACACCAUGUAAUGUAGUGACAGUCACGUCUGUCGUCACAGUCUACGCAAGCCCAACUCCCAUUUCCUGCUGUAUCGCUCAGCCUACUCUUCUUAAUGGAGACUUCGAUGACUGCGCAGGCAUUGAUCCUCCCUGGGGACCAUGUCCCCUUCGUUCAUGGACCUACACCGAUGUGAACAAAAUCUCAGUCGACCUCUGUGGUGAGCACACGAACUGCCACACCGGAAAUUGGGUCGCCUGCAUGAGCCGUGGACCCGGCGUCCUCUCACAGCCCAUCUACGUAUGCAGCUGCGGCACGUACCAAGCGACCGCAUGGUUCACCAAUCCGGGGGAAUUCCUCAACCUCUCGGGCACGCUGCCGAUUGUGCCCGGUGUCCAAUUUGGGCUGGCGGGCUCGUACUCGAAAGUCAUGGCGAUCCCGUUCUCCCCCGUGGCGUACCCUAACCCCACGUACUACCAGCUCUCGGCGCAGCUGACGGUGAUACCCAGGAAGGAAGGCUGGGCCGAGUUUGAGAUUAUUGGUGUUUUUCAUAAUAGUUCGUAUACGGGGUUUUGCGUGGAUACGUCGUAUAUUCUGCAAGUGCUUCCGGCUCAGGAAAAGGGGCUUAAGCGAGGAACUUCUCGCAUCUCGCUGGAGCUGACUGACGAGCGCAUUGCAUUCCACCGAGUAAAUACUUCAAGUUCGAGAUAA